UAGUACCUCUCUUUCUACAGCGAGCACGCGUUUGUCUAUCGCAACGCUCAGUCCAUUCUAUAUGUCUAUGGUCUUAACCUAUGAAGUUUAGCGCUUUCUUGGUGUUUACUCCAAAUGAAAAUUAUGUAAGAGAGCUCUUAAAUUAUAUUAAGUUCAGUGCUAAUGGACUGUGUUGUUAUUACGAAAAAUAUUACUAUUUGAAUUAAAAAUGAAAAAAGCUAAUAAGCAGACAGACUUAUCGAGUUCAGAAGAUGAAAUAUCUCCAAGUAUCCUGAAAGAAGCGAUCGAUCAACAAUUUUUAAAUGACAAUCUUUAUAGCACAAGGAAAAGCCAAUUUGUUCCGGAAUCUAGUUUGGAAACCAACCAAUCAAACGGAAAAUCUUUGGGAAUAAACUUGAAACAGGACAAAUUUACAAAUUUUGGAGUUACUGACACAUUCCAAUGUUUUAUUGCUAAGAAAUUAGAUGAAAUUUUAGAGAGGACUAUUAAAUUAAAGAACAGCAAGACUACUGAAUGUUUCAUAGAACAGAAACGGAAGAGAAACAAAAAUUCUGGUAUAAAACUCUUAAGCACAUCAAAAAAAUUUGUGACUAUUAAAGAAAUGACAAAAUUAUAUACAAAGAACAAAGAGAAACUCAGAUGUUCACAAAUCAUAGAGGAUAGCAAAACUUUAUCAAAAUUUCAAGAAGCUGCCAUCGAUCCAGAAUGCAUAUUGAGCAAAUCAGAUAUGAUAGUUUGGACCAAUGAAUAUUUACCAGAAUUUAAAUAUAAGAAAUUAAAAGAUGGCACUUUAAUUGAGGUGUAGCAUUAAUUUUUUAUCUGCGAUUAGAUUGUGUGUAAUUUGUACAUAUAAAUAUUUCACAUACAUAUAAAAAUAAAAUUGUGUUUACCAUAUUUUUCUUGCUCUUAUUAAAUUGUUUAUGACUCACUGUUGAUGAGAAGCAGCAAAUUAUAAAAUUUGUAGUUCCGUAUAUAUUUUUGAAUUGAUUGAAAUUGGUAGAAUAAAUGGAUAAUUGGAUAAUGCCCGAUCUGAAAUAAAAAUUUGUAAAAGAUUAUCAGAAAUCAUUAUCAAUAUAUUAAUAAAAAUGUAUGACUUAUAAUGCAACCC